GAUCGGGGGAUGAGGAUUGGGAUGUGGAUGUCGUUGUGGAAAUUGUGAUUCUUGGUUUGCGUCAGGUUUGAGGGUCGAGAGUUUGGAAGGAUGAGGUAGAUAUAUUGGGAGGAUUCCUCGAGGAGGAAGGUAUGUAUCUGACUCGGCAGGUUCCUUUCUUGAAGUAUCUUCGAUAUGGCUACGCCUGUCUACAAUGCCUCCAUGCCUGAGGGCGGAGACCCGCUCGUGGUCGACGUCAACGCCCAGUACGUGGGUUACGAAUACAACUACGUCUACAUCGUCACGUGCACCUUUGUCGUCUUCUUGAUUCUUCCCGGCAUCGGGCUGCUGUAUAGCGGCUUGACGCGGCGGAAGUCUGCCAUGGCGCUGCUCUUUCAGGCGUUCAUGGUUCUUGCGGUCUCUACCUUUCAAUGGCUUUUCUGGGGAUACUCGCUGUCCUAUUCCAGAGACGGAGGCCCCUUCAUCGGCACCCUGAAGAACUUCGGCAUGAUGGAGGUGCUGGUUGCCCCCUCGCCUGGCUCCGCUGUCCUGCCUGAAGUCGUGUUCUGUCUGUUCCAGCUGCUCUUCUGCGCAUGCACGGUGAUGAUCGUCGUCGGUGGGACCUUUGAGAGAGGUGCCAUCCUCCCGUCGCUUGUCUUCAGCUUCUGGUGGGCCACGGUCGUCUACUGCCCGCUGGCUCGCUGGACCUGGAGCAGUAACGGAUGGCUGUACAACCUCCCAGCCAUUGACUUUGCUGGGGGCGGUCCUGUGCAUAUCGCUUCGGGAGUGUCGGCCUUGGCCUAUGCUUUGAUCUUGGGGAAACGGAGAGAUUACGGGGCCCCGUCUUUCCGCAAACCCCACAAUACAACACUAAUUUUUCUGGGAACCGUCUUGAUCUGGACUGGCUGGCUUGGCUUUAAUGGCGGUUCGAGUCUCAAUGCGAGCAUGCGCGCAAUGGUCGCCGUCUUCAACACCAACACAGCCGGGUGCACGGGAAUCCUCGGCUGGGUGCUGGUGGACAUGAUCAAGCAUCGAGGAAAGUUCUCAAUCGUCGGUGCCUGUGAAGGUGCGAUCGCUGGUUUAGUCGGGAUCACCCCCGCUGCCGGCUGCGUGUCGCUGUGGCUUGCUGCCUGCAUCGGAUUCAUCACCGCCAUUGUCUGUUCGCUGUUGCAGAAUGUGAACGAAUGGAUCGGGGUUGACGAAGGCUUGGACGUCUUCAAGCUCCACGGUAUCGGUGGGAUGGUUGGUGCGUUUCUGACCGGGUUGUUCUCCAGCCAGAAGAUUUCCGCCCUGGAUGGCAGCAGCAUAGCGUCCGGUGCGAUUGAUGGCAAUGGCGUGCAAGUUGGGAAGCAACUGGCGGAGAUCUGCGCCAUCUCCAGCUACUCGUUUGUUGUGACUUGCGCCCUGCUGCUGAUUCUCAAGUACAUCCCGGGCAUGCAACUUCGUGUUGACGAGGAUGCCGAGUUGUUAGGGCUGGACGGAACGCAUUUCUUCGAUGAGCAGAUCGGGGACUGGUCGAUUACUCAGGGAGGCACCAGUCCUACUUUGAUCGGAGUGUCGCAAAAUUCCUCCGGGUCUAUAACGAAAGAAGAGUGCCAGAUGAAGGGGAGCGGGGUAUAGACUGGCUGCAGGC